AUCACUUGGCGCAUAUCUCUCUCGAGUCUCCGCGCAAUUAGGUUUUUGAUCAUCAACUGCUAAUCAUGACGAGAACUCUUUUCCCUGUGCUGCCCACUCCUGAUAGCAGCAAGAUUAAACAAUACCAUGAUGAAUUCGCACUCACAGGAUUCGACGAGACUCGCUCCCUUUUCGUCUAUGGUCUUGAACCCUGGAUGGACUCCGAUUUCCUCACCUACUUCUGCAAUUACGUUGGCCAGCAAGGUUCUGAGGUUGCAAUGGGCGCCACCCAAAUUUUUGAAAAACAAACCAGAAGAAGGUUAUGAUUGGGAUUUCCUCCUUUAUCAGUCGCCAAAUCACCCGCAUUGUUACGUGAGCAUAACGUAUAUUCGCCUUCGGAGAUAUGGUUUUUCUCCCAAGGAAGGCCCUAUUAAAGUGCAUGGAAGUGUCAAGGUUGAGGAUAGAGCAUGGGUUCAUACGGUGUACGAUCAAAAGCUAAGCGACAAUAGCAUCACAGAUCGCAAAGGGGGCCGGUCUAACGUUGACCGGCCCUUUGUGCGGCAUUGCAGGCCUUUCUGACUUCGAAAUCCGUAUCAUGCUAGAGGAUGAAGAAGGGGAGAUUGUGAGUGGCACUAUUGAGUGGAAUGUACGAUAUGAGGUCACUCUAUUAUCUUAUGCAAAUUUUGAUUUCCGUUUGAAGGAGACUGUGCUUGGGAAACGUGGAGAAGUCACAGUUGGCUAUGCAGUGGUGCAAGAGGCUUUUAGUGCUACUGUUGAAGUUAUUUUGAUGAGGGAAGGGGGCGACUUGCCUGAAAAAGUGCAUGGAAAAAUCAUAGCUAUUCAGGACAUUGAGGGAAUGUUACCUCUCUCAUUGUUUUACAAGUCCAAGGAUGAUGCCAUGUCAUUGCGCUCUUAUGACAAUGCGAUUCUGUUGACUCGUUCUGUUGUUGUGGCACCUGCCACUGAGUUCAGAAUUAGUGCCACUUUGUACGACAACUCUGGCCAGAUUGUCAAGGGAUGUGCCAAGUUUCACCCUAAGUUUGGAACCAAAAGGCAGAACAUCAAAACCAAACUUAUACCCCAUUCCAAAAUGCCGUGUGGUGAGAAGAACCUGGUAUCUCAAUAUGAACUGGAAGUAUCUGUUACUUUUUACUAGCUGACUUCUCUUGAUUUGUCAUCUAUGUUCGAUUUGUCUGCCGGGUAUAUUGGAAGCAAAUGCACCGGUUUUGGAAUUGCAAAUCAGAGAGAGGAUCCUAAGCUGGUAACAUAUUGAAUGCAGAUGUAUAUGUUAUUGCUGCUUUGAAAUGUUACUCAAGAGUCAUGUCUCUUAGAGGGGCAAAAACACAGCAAGAACACAGCAAAAACACGUUCGCGGAAUUGCAAAGAAAGAAGGUGUAUCGUUAUGUGGUUUUCAAGAUAGAUGAGAGAAAGAAGGAAGUUGUUGUUGAAAAGAGCUAUGAUGAUUUCACUGCCUCGUUGCCGAUAAUGCUGUCUAUGACUUUGAUUUUGUUACCUCAGAGAACUGCCAAAAGAGCAAAAUUUUCUUCAUUGCAUGGUGAGUUCUGUUUCAGUUACCUGGCAUCGCACUAACACUAUUUUUUAAUUUCUUGAAUCAAGAUAAAGAAAGGUAAUUAAGUCCU